ACCCUGGAACGGCACAGGGGGGGCUGUGGCUGCAGCCAGCCGUGGGAGUGGGAAGCCUGAUGAGGAUGGGCUCCGCCGGCAAGCGCUCCCGCAUCCCACAGCUCCCACGGUGCUGCUGUGGAGAGCGCUGAGAGCGGGAGGCCAGCAGGAAUAAAAGGCAGCAGGGCCCCCUCCGUGCCUCACCGCCCACAGGCAGAGUCCCAGGAGCCAGGCAGAGCUCUGGGGUCCCAUCGGAGAGGGCUCUCCCAGCUGGCUCCCACCGAAGGCUGGAUUUGCUGCUCCUCUGCCCCGUCUUCCACACACGCAGGUGAACGGAUUUGGCACCCACUGCACUCUCAGGCACCCCAGAAAGCUCACCACCACCAUGGCUGCUGGCCUGGAGAAAGCCUGCCACCGGUGCAUAUCUAAAAUUGCCAGCAAUGCAUGCUUUAUAUUUGGGCUCCUCGCUUUCCUUGCCUUACCACUGUCCAUGACUUUUAUAGGAAUGAAGUUUUUGGAAGACUGCCCAGUUCAGCCACUGAUUCCCUUGUAUCUGUUGGUGGGUGGUGUGAUUGGCAGCUUAAAGGUGACUCUCCUGCUGUACGACUCAACCAGGAUGAGGCAGCUGCUUUCCAAGUCUGUUGUGAUUGAUGAUGAUGAUGAUGACGAGUAUCCCUGGAGGCAGAAUGCUCACAAGUACUACGUCCAUCUAACCCUCAGCCUUUUCCUCUUUCUCUGGUUCAUUCUUGGGAACUACUGGGUUUUUUCUGUGUAUCGGCCAAAUUUCAUCCCGCCUUUUCAUCAGCCUCAGGAUUACUGUGACAAAACCCUGUACAUUUUUGCUGUUGGUGUUCUCAUUAUUAGCCAUACUGUUCUGUUUCUCCUUAUUUUCUGUAGCUGCUGCAUAUACUGUUUUUCCAGGCAAAGAUUCUCUUCUGAGGAAGACUAAAUGCUACAUAAAUAAAUCUCCAUGUUUGGGAAAGCGUGUACAACAAAGAACAGGCAAUAAUUCACCCUUGUGUACAUCUUUGUUGUAUGAUAUAUAUGUGUGAUAGCAGUCAACUUCAAGGGGGAAUUAAAAAAAUACAGUGCCAUCUGGAAAUAGCUAUGCUGAAAUACAGCAUAGUCUAUGCAAAAAUGCUGCUGCAGGUGCCAGGGUGUACUCCUGCUAACUUUUACAUCCCAUUUUGAAUUCUGGAUGUUUUACCAGGAGAGAGCUCUUGCAGAUGGCAAAUCCCUCUAAAACCAGGUCCCCCUUAUGCUGUAUAUAGCACAGUACAUCUUUGCCUAUAAAAGUAGCCAUGUUGUUCUCUUCACUGGGAUCUGAACAUCUCCACACAGUCUUGCUGAAGUUUGCUAUUGUCCCUGAGGGAGCUGAGACAAAGGGUUGUACUCAGGCCACUUUGCAAAGCACAUGGACUCUGCGGACUCUGGCAGUAACUGAGAUGCUCACUGGAGAGCUAUUCAGCCCCCUGUCAGACUGGCCAGUAAGCAGCUGUGAUAGCAAUAGGAGCUUGUAUAAAAUGCAGCCUGAAUAUGGCCCUCAGGUCUCUUCUGAAGUUGGACUAGGAAGUAUCUAUAUCUAACUUUGGGGCUAAAGCAGACAGUAUGAAUACAUCCAUAUACGUCCAAUAUGUCCAAAGUGAGCCAAGUCUGCUUUGCAAGUCUUUGGCAGAACAAAGAACUGAGCUACUGAGUGUCAGACUGGUGCUUCAACAGGGCUCAGCAUUUCCCAGUCAGGGGAUACACUUUCUAUAGCAGUAAUUUGUC